UCCCGGGUCGGCACCCUCCGGAGGCUCCAUGCGGCCAGCAGGGUCUGGGAGGCGCGCGCGCGGUGUCGUCGUCACACGGCCCGGGUGCCCCUGCAGCUGCAGCGGCGGUUCGGCCCUGGCUCCCGGCGCAGCGCACCGUGGCAGCGGCCGGGAGGCGCCCGCGGCGGCGGGGAGGAGCCCGCGGGGCGGGGCGGGCAGCUGCUCCGGGGCCUGGGUUCCCUUCGGCAUCCUCCCCAGCCCCGCAGCACAGGUGCGGCCGCGCCCCGCCCCGCCGCGCGCGCCCCCUUUCGGACCCGUACCAGUGGACAGCUCGUGUGGCCUCGCCGCCCGCCGCCCGUUCCCUGCACGGCCCCGCUGCAGCUCCCAACCCCGGCGGGUGCCCACGACCCCUCCGCGCACUGUCCCGCCGCCGUCCUCUCCCCAGGUGAAGAAGCUGAACGACAGAGAGGCGGGUAACUUGACCAAUGCUGCACAGCCAGGCACUGGAAGCCAGAAGCCUGAACCCAAGGCCACAGUCUCUACUUUCACAAAAACAAAGCAAACCAAUGAAAAGCAGCAGGGAGAAAGAGUUUGUUACCAGCCAGGAGUGAAAAAGGCCCAUAGAGAAAGGCAGAGGGCGCCCAAAAAGAAAGGGAAGAAAGGGAAAGCCAAAGGUACCCCGAUUGUUGACGAGCUCGCUCCGGAGGACAUGAGCAGAGAGCAGGUGGAGGAGCACGUCAGCCGCAUCCGGGAGGAGCUGGACCGGGAGCGGCAGGAGCGCAACUACUUCCAGUUGGAGCGGGACAAAAUCCACACCUUCUGGGAGAUCACGCGGAGGCAGCUGGAGGAGAAGAAGGCCGCACUGCGGAACAAAGACCGGGAGAUGGAGGAGGCCGAGGAGAGGCACCAGGUUGAGAUCAAGGUCUACAAGCAGAAGGUGAAGCACCUGCUGUAUGAGCAUCAGAACAACCUGACGGAGAUGAAGGCCGAGGGCACGGUAGCCAUGAAGCUGGCGCAGAAGGAGCACCGCACUCAGGAGGGUGUGCUGCGCAAAGACAUGCGGGCACUCAAGGUGGAGCUCAAGGAGCAGGAGCUGGCCAGUGAGGUGGUGGUGAAGAACCUGCGGCUGAAACACACAGAAGAGACCACCAAGAUGCGGAAUGACUUUGAGAGGCAAGUGCGAGAAAUUGAGGCCAAGUAUGAUAAGAAGAUGAAGAUGCUUAGGGAUGAGCUGGACCUACGGAGAAAGACUGAGAUCCAUGAGGUAGAGGAGAGGAAGAACGGCCAGAUCAACAUGCUGAUGCAGCGCCACGAGGAGGCCUUCACAGACAUCAAGAACUACUACAACGACAUCACCCUCAACAAUCUGGCCCUCAUCAACUCCCUCAAGGAGCAGAUGGAGGACAUGCGCAAGAAGGAGGACCACCUUGAGAAGCAGAUGACAGAGGUGUCCAUGCAGAACAAGCGCCUGGCAGACCCUCUCCAGGAGGCUCGGGAUGAGAUGAGCGAGAUGCAGAAGAAGCUCAGGAACUAUGAGAGGGACAAGCAGAUUCUGGCCUGCACAAAAGCACGUUUGAAAGUCACAGAGAAAGAGCUGAAGGGCCUGAAGUGGGAGCACGAGAUUCUGGAGCAGCGGUUCAUGAAGGUGGAGCAGGAGCGGGAUGAGCUCUACGGGAAGUUCACUGCGGCCAUCCUGGAGGUGCAGCAGAAAGCAGGCUUCAGGAACCUGGUGCUGGAACGCAAGCUGCAGGCACUGAGCACUGCUGUGGAGAAGAAGGAGGUGCAGUUCAAUGAGGCACUGGCAGCCUCCAACCUGGACCCCGCGGCUCUGACCCUCGUGUCCCGCAGGCUGGAGGACAUUCUGGAAUCGAAGAACACCACCAUCAAGGACUUGCAGUAUGAGCUGGCCAGGGUCUGCAAGGCCCACAAUGACCUGCUGCGCACCUAUGAGGCGAAGCUUCUGGCCUUUGGGAUCCCUCUGGACAACGUGGGCUUCAAGCCCCUGGAGACAGCUGUGAUUGGGCAGACACUAGGCCAGGGCCCCGCAGGACUCGUGGGCACCCCGACAUAGCUCCCACCCGAGACCAUUCCCUACAUGACACUUUUCACACACCAAGGGCAGCGUGUAUGUGUUUUCAGAUGUGUAUUGUUGGCAAAUAAAGGUUUCUUAUGUUU